AUGGCCCUUAGCCGCCGUGACCUCGUUCUGGCGGGCGUCGGCGUAUUCAUCGCUUGGGGUCUUGUGGUUCGCUGGCUGCCGAUCCUCCGCUAUCUAGGAUAUGCCUUGACACUGGGUGUUAUCCUAUCUUCUGCAGGACUUUUCGGACUUGUCGCAUUGACAAUCCGGCAUCAGAAUGCCGAAGUCAACACUAAGAGAGUUUCAGUGGCUUUCAUAAAACCCAACCAAUGGCGAAAAGAAGUGCUGAAUGUCCGCCGGAGCACGCGAUACCGGCCCCGGCCACUCUAUCCUCAGUCCUUUGUUGUAUCGGAAGGGAUCGACGAACUUUUAUCUUUCAUAACCCGAGACUUUGUUUCCUCGUGGUAUCACAGUAUCAGCCCGAACCCCAUAUUUGUCAAUGAAGUUGAUCGAACGAUCCGUGUCGCCCUUGAGAACCUCCGGGAUAGGUUGGUUGCGGAGGACAUGGUAUCGCUGAUCGUAUCGCGCAUCUUUCCUAUCGUGACAUCGCAUCUCAAGGAAUUUGACAUUGCCGAACGUUCAGUUCGGGGACGCAAUCUCAGUCGAAAUGUGACCGAGUCUGGAGAGCUUGAUCUGGCCAUUGCAAACAAAUACCGUGAUGGUCGUUUACAUCCUGCUGUUGCAACAUCUGCGUCCGAUCAAAAGUCUGUUCAACAGGAGUACCUGCGCAAGCUAGCGGUUGGCCUUUUACCCCAGCUAUUCCCGGAAAGCGUGCUGAACGGUCGAAUUGUGUCGGUUCUGAUUCGCGAAAUCAUCUCAUGCGCUGUGCUUAUUCCAAUAGUUACUUCAUUAUCAGAUCCAGACACAUGGAACCAACUAAUGGAAGCAUAUGGCCGUACAGCUUUGCAGGAUCGGAAGACUGUACGCAAACUGCGCGCCGCUUUGGACCAGCAUGCGUCACCCACACCUAAGUCCAAGCGUGGGCAACCAUUCCCACGACUAUCCGCAACCGAUUCAGAGCGAGCCUUUGAGCGCUUUGUGAGAGCAAUCAGGAAAUGUAACAACCUUUCCGAUGCCCGCCGGUUCCGUGCCCUCGUUUCCAGUCAAUUGAAGCAAGAGAGUGUGGUGGAGGGUCAGGAUCAGGUCUAUUUGAAGCGACUCGAAACAGGAAAACGUGUUCUUGAUCAGAAAGUGGCGAAACUUGCGAGACCUGGCGAGGACUCCCAUGUACCUCCAGCAUUAGACCUUCGACCCGAGGUCCCACCUAGAACGCAUGAAUCGUCACUGGUUGACGUGAUGCACAGCGCAUCUGGACUUUCUUAUUUUAUGGAGUUUAUGGACCGCCAAAAGCUGAUGUCGCUUGUUCAAUUUUGGGUUGUUGUGGAUGGAUUCCGCAACCCACUUGAAGACGACUUUGGAGAUGAGGCAGUGCCCACUUCAUUAGCAUGGAAGCCAGCAGACAGAAACGACCUAGCCCUCAUUAGUGAAACCUACCUAUCAAAGCCCGAACUAAAGGUCUCUGAGGAGUCUCGGCGAACAGUCAAGAUAUUCCUGAGUGCAGGAAAGCGUGCCACCCCGGAACAAUACCGAAAAGCGCGAAUGGUGGUUCUGACAACUCAGUCCACCAUUCUAGAGCAUCUCCAAGAUACUUAUUAUCCAAAGUUCAAGGAGUCUGAUCUAUACUGGAAGUAUCUUGCAUCCGAUGAAGCAUCCGCUGCCCAGGCGCCACCGGGAGUGAGAUCAUCCAGAGAUUUGCGACGAGCAGCUGUCUCGUCUAGUGAUAUGCGGGGGAUGGGGAAAUUGUUUGAUGAUGACGAUUCACCACGACGAUCAAUGGAUUCAGAACGAUCUGCUCAUCUUUUUGAUGAUGACUAUGACACCGACAAUCUCGCCACGUCCACCCAUAGUUUGGGCAAGGAUUCCCAGAAUGGUGAGAAUGAUUCUAGCCAGAGCCAAAGCCAAGUCCUAGAGACGAUGGAGGCAGCGCUUAAUGAUAUCAUUACCAAUGAGCCCAAAAAUGGAAGAAUCGAAGACCUCAAAGGAGAUGCUGCCGGUCUGUUUGGGCCGGAGCGCCCUGUCCUUUCGUCGCGCAGCUCGUCCGAAAUUCCCCAGGUUGACAACCGGAAUGAGAGAACCAAGAAAAGCAUCGCAUCGCUUGGUCUGGUGGAUCAUGCGUCGCGACUUGGUGUAUUUGAUGACGACUUAUUUCCGGAUCAGCAGAAAUUCAUCGAAGAUGAAUACGAAGAACCAGACGGCGUGGAUGAAAAAGACUCGGCAGAUGAAGUGCAUGAAGCUGCACCGGGUGACUUGGGUCUAACAGAAGCGAUUGAGGCGCUCUCGGUAGAUAUCGACAAGCUUGCAGCCCAGGACUCCGUGGUCCAAGCAUUGACACGAAAAGCAGAACUGACAAACAACACUGCGGAACUGAGAAUCCUGCGCAAGUCCAAGGCCAGCAUCCAGCGCGAAAUGCACCGCAAGGAAAUGCAGCGGCAACAGUACAUUCUCCAGGAAAGCGAUAACAGCUUGUUUGGGCGGUCGACUGUUAGCCUCAAGUCUACUGUUGUGGGCAAAGAAGAGGAUGAUGGCCGUGAAUUUGCAAUGUAUGUCGUGGAGGUUCGAAGAAAUGCCGGCGAACAAAUGCCCGCUGCAUCGUGGGUCGUUGCACGGCGAUACAGCGAGUUCCAUGAUCUACAUCAGAAGCUACGCCAACGCUAUCCCUCUAAAGAGUUCCUUCACAAACGGCGACUCGCUCUUGAAGCCUAUCUGCAGAAACUCCUCCUUCUACCAGAGGUCUGUCGCAGCCGCGAUCUACGUGCAUUCCUCUCUCAGCGUGCCAUACUUCCCCGUAAGGAAAAUGUCCGCGACAAUGAAGGGGAAACCAAAGACCUUGUUACACGCAUCUACAACUCCGUCGCAGAUGGCAUGGAUGACUUCCUCGGCAACUUCGGCGUCCUAGACCAGCUGUCUACCGCAGGCCAGAACCUCAUAUCAGCGGCCACCCAGCAAGCCAGCAGCAACACGACAGUCCCAGACUCCAGCCUCGCAACCGAAGAUGCCGUCACAGCCGCCGAAGCCGAAGCGGAACUAAAUGCCUUCGAAGACCGCGAGCUCGAGCCAUUCAUCAAGCCCAUCUGCGAUCUCUUCCUCGAAGCGUUCGAGCUAAACCGCGGCAACAACUGGCUGCGCGGCCGUGCCGUCGUCGUCGUCCUGCACCAGCUCCUCGGCGGAACAAUAGAGCGCAAGGUCCGCGACGGAGCGCGGGGCCUGACACAGGAUGACUCGCUUGUCAAGUACCUUGCUCUCGCUCGCGAUACCCUCUGGCCCGGCGGCGUACUCCGUAAAGCCCCACCUCGUUCGGCCGCAGACCGUCUCAAUAGUCGUGCCGAGGCCACUGUGGUCUUGGCUACGCUCAUCCCGGAUCUGGCGGGUAAUGUCGUGGGCAGAGCUAAUGCACAGGCUGCAGCCCGUCGCAUUUUUGCUACGCUGAAUAAUCCGUAUCUUAAUACCCAUCUUGUUUUUACGAUUCUUGACGAGAUCGUCCUGGUUCUCUUUGGGAGUUCGGGUCGUUCUCGAUGA